UGGUAAUACUAUUUAAGCAUGACAGCUUAUUUAUCAAAGAAAGAAGGUUGCGUAAAUAUGGCGUCUGCAAGCGAGGAGGAAAACGUUUCUGGACGGCGCACACGUUCUGGUAAAAAAGUUGGUUCACCGGUACGUGCAACAAGACGAUCCACCAGAAAACAGGCGCAUGAACAGACUCUCGAAUCCGAAGUAGAACAAUCAGACAUUAUAAAAGAAAUGCUUGCCGAAGCUGCACAAGGAGUUAUCAAAGUUGAUAGUGAAGAUGCAGUCAUUUUCGAUCCUGAUAGCCAAAAUUUAACUGAUGAUCAGAGUGUUAUAUAUCAAGAAGAAGUUGUUGAAGUUGAACAUCAACAACAUAUGGACGACAAUGAGAUCUAUAGCGUAAUUGAUGACGAACAUAUAAAUUCGGAAGUUACUGUUGCAAACGAUGAAAAAAGUUCGUCUUUUCCUUUUGGCAUUAUUGGUCAUUCAGAAACCUCAGAUGAGGCGCAAGUUGAAGAGGUUUCUGAGGAAAUAAAUGAUUCUGGUGUAGUUGAAAAUUCAUUACUCGCAUCUCUAGUUGGAGACAACGCAAAUAGUUUACCGUCGGUUGGUGGUUGUGAAGACAAUGAUAUUAAGAAAGAAGAUUUCGAUUCAAAAAUAGAAAACCCAAUGCAUUCUAGUUGUGAGAAAAUGGAAUCAGAUGAAUCAAAUACUGAAGCAGCUAUAGCUGAAGAUAUUGCUGGUGUAGAUGAUGGUAGCAACGCUACCAUGGUUAAUACUGAAAUAAUAUCAGAGGACGAAUUACCAUUACCAACCAAACCAGAAAUAAAUGACGCUGAAGAGGUAUCAGAUGAGGAAUUACCUGCGCCUAAACGGGCCGAACUACCAGCCGAUGCCGAAGUUAUAUCAGAAGAUGAAUUGCCGGCAAAUAGUGCAGCUGAAAGAAAAUCUCCAAGUGAUUCACCAAAACGUGUUUUAAAAACUGAUUUGCAGACAACGGAUCAAAAAAUAUACAAACGAAAGGCCGAUGAUACAGAUAGCGAAAAUCAAUCAAUUACACAAAAAAAAUCAGAUGAACAGUAUAAUCCUAUGAGUCCGACUUCCGAAAGUAAUGAUGCACCACCCAUUGAGAAGAAAGCUAAACUUGAGUCCGACGAAACUGAGGCUAAGGAUCGGAGGAAGGAUAAAGAAAAGGAAAAAGAACGCGAAAAGACUAAAGAGAAAGAAAAAGAGCGUGAUAAAGAAAAGGAACGUAAACGACUACCAGAAUUAGAUAAAUAUUGGCGUGCAGUUAAGGAAGAUACUACUGAUUUUACUGGGUGGACAUAUCUGUUACAAUAUGUAGACAAUGAGUCAGACGCAGAAGCCGCUAGAGAAGCGUAUGAUGCUUUUUUAAGUCUUUAUCCUUAUUGUUAUGGUUACUGGCGUAAAUAUGCAGACUAUGAGAAGCGUAAGGGUAUCAAAGCCAAUUGUAAUGCGGUGAGUAAAUGUAAAAUUCAAUCAAAUACAGUUUCAAUAUUUUGUAGUUAUAAUUCGUUGUAA